AUGGCCCGUGAACACUUGAAGCCUUUUGGUUCACUUGACCCAUUUGCGGAGCCUGCGUGGUACAACGCUCUCGACUCACCGUACUACAAUGAUAGCCACAGGACGUUCCGAAAGUUCGUCAGAGACUAUCUCGAGACCAAUGUUUUGCCCUAUUCAGAGCAAUGGGAGAAGGAUGGCUUUGUUCCUCUCGAAACGAGGUAUUCCGUUGCCGGGAGGGAUUCCAGAGGAGCGUGGGUCGUUUCCGAGACUCCAGUUGUUCUAGAGGUUGAUGUGGAUGCAGAAUGGGAUAUCUUCCACCAACUGAUUCUGCACGACGAGACAUCCCGAGUGCACGGCGGAGCCAUGGGCGGACUCGCUGGCACAUCUGUCAUUGGCCUGCCACCCAUCAUAAAAUAUGGCACCCAAGAGCAAAAGGACAAGUACCUUCCGGGUGGUUCCGACCUGGCCUCUUUGAGAACGACGGCCAAAAAGUCCCCAGAUGGGAAAUAUUACGUUGUGAAUGGGCACAAGAAAUGGAUCUCCGGGGCUCUAUCUGCCACGCAUAUGACCACUGCAGUGCGAACAGGUGGUCCUGGGAAGGGAGGGGUUUCUAUUCUAGUUAUUCCCACAAACUCGAAAGGAUUUUCGGCCAGAAAGAUCGAGAAUAGCGGAGUCAAUGCUGCGGAAACCGCUUGGGUCGAUCUAGAGGAUGUCCAUGUGCCAGUCGAGAACCUCGUUGGUCCCGAAAACGAAGGCUUUCGGAUUCUCAUGCACAAUUUCAAUUCGGAGCGGUUCAUAAUGGCCAUCCACAUGAAUCGCAAGGCACGAGUGUGUCUGGAGGUUGCUCUAGACUAUAGCCACAGCCGGAUCACAUUCGGCAAGCCGCUCAUCUCGCACCAGAUCAUCCGCCACAAGUUUGUGACCAUGGCGCGAUACAUCGAAUCGCACUGGGCCUGGCUCGAGCAGAUCGCAUACCACAUCAAGCUCAACGGGUGGGAAAGCGACAUUGCGAGCAGGAUUGCACUCGCAAAGAUCCACGCUGGUCGGAUCCUGGAACUGGCCAAUCGAGAGGCACAGCAGGUUCUUGGGGGAGCGGGUUACCAGCGUGGCGGAGUGGGAGGCUUGGUCGAGCUGAUCAGCCGAGAUUUGCGGAUGCAGGUUGUGGGAGGAGGGAGCGAGGAGAUCUUGUCGGAUUUGGCUCUGCGUCAGGAGCUGACUGCAGCGAGGAAGCGAGGGUCGAUGUUGUGA